CCUUGCCUGUGCAGCUGCAUCCACACUCGCAACGCCUCUACUAGACUACUACUACCCCAAAACACACCCCUACGCACCAUGCCAAUCCGCAUCAUCCCCACCGGCGGCAUCGAGGUCCGCGGCGCGUCCAUCAACGGCGGCGACGCCCAGCUCCAGAACGACGGCAACGCACGUGUCGUCGACGACCAGGGCCAGACGGUGACUGUCCGCUUCGACCGCGGCGGCGAGGGCCAGUUCGACGUCCUCCAGCCGUCCGACGCCGAGCGCCAGCGCGGCUGGGCCCGCCUCGACACGCAGGGCAACGGCAGCGUGAUCGCCUACCGCGUCGACGACAACGUCGUGCUGCUUCCCCGCCCUGACCUCGAGAACUGGCAGAGCCACCUCCCCGACGACCGCGCCCUCGCCGACCUCUCGACCCCGGGUACCCACGAGAGCGCGUCGCUCAGCGGUGGCUUCAUCUCCAUCUGCCACACCGAGGACGUCCGCACCCAGCUCCAGCAGGGCAUCCGCUUCCUCGACAUCCGUCUCAAGGUUGUCAACGGAGAGCUUCAGACCUACCACGGCAUCCAGCCUCAGAACUCGAACCUCCGCGAGCAGAUUGGCUGGGUCAACGACUUCCUCCGCGGCCACAACCGCGAGGCCGUCUUCGUCUCGAUCAAGCAGGAGAACGACGACAACCCGGACUUUGGCCGCCUCGUCGAGGAGGCCUUCAAGGAGGGCGGCCUGACGCGCUGGGACGAGACCCUGCCCACGCUCGGCGAGGCGCGCGGCAAGGCCAUCCUCUUCUCGCGCUACCACAAGAACGAGGACAGCCAGUACCCGAACGGCAUGGGCAUCCACCCGACCACGUGGCCCGACAACAAUGAGGGCUUCGACUGGGACUGCAACGGCACGCCGUUCCGCACGCAGGACGUGUACGACACGGGCGACAUUGGCACCAAGACCAACAUUCUCAUCCGCCACAUCGAGUCGACGACCGACCCCCGCGGCAACGGCCUCGGCAACAACCACCCCUUCACGCUGUCGUUUGCGACCGCCGCCAAGUUCCCCCAGAGCCCGCCCCAGUGGAUGGCGAGCGGCUCGGGCUCGGGCAUGGGCGUGAGCAAGGUGCUUGGUAACCUGACCAGCCUGUUCGGCGGCGGCGGUGGCGGUGGUGGUGACAACGGCGGCGGCAAUGCCGGCCCCCAGGGCGGCGUCAACUCGCGCCUCGCGUACUGGCUCCUCCAGCGCGCGGCCGAGGGCAAGCGCCCCCGCGCGACCAUCAUGCUCGACUUUUACCGCGAGACGGGCGGCGGCGAUGCCGGUAUCUCUGAGCUGAUCGCCGCGCUCAACUACAUCAACACGAACGAGUAGGAGUAGACACGUGGUUGCGUGGUGAUAGCAGAUCUGAAGAAGUAAACUUUGUGUAUGG